UUUUAGUCUAUUUUAUGAAAGUGUGUGUAUACAUGUGUAUAUAUUUUUUUUACCUCAAAUAUUUAAACACAUUAUUUUUUUUUUUUAAUUUCAGUUCAACGUUCUCGAAAUCUUCAAAACAAAGGAAGAAAAGGAACAAAUGAUGCUUUCGUCCUUAUUCAAAUGGGUAAAGAAAAAUUUCAAACUACGGUUAAAGAGAAAGCUACAGAUCCUGAGUGGUAUGAAGAAUGCGAUUUAACUCUUAUUGGUCGAGAUUCUGAUGUUCAUCUGACAGUUUUCCAUCGUAAUGUUUUGGGAUUAGAUGAGUUUUUAGGACAAACAAGUGUAUCUUUGCAAGGCAUUGAAAAUUUUGACCGACCUUUCACCAGGUGGUAUACUUUAAAGGGGAAAAGCGAAAAAAGUGAAGAUAAGAAUAGAGGAGAACUUGAAGUACGAAUAUCUUUUAUUGUUAGACGUUGCAAUGACACACAGAGCUUAAAUGAUCUGAGCUUCAAGAAAAAGAAGCAUUCCAUUAAAAACUUAGCUGUUAGUGUUGGUCAUAAAAUUCAAAAAUUGCCUUCAAGGAGUGUCUCAUUUAAGACUUUUGAUCCAAGAAAGAAAUUGGAGAGAUUGAAAGAGAAAAGAUCAUCGGGUUCUUUAAGUAAUGAAAUUGGAGAUGACGAGUUCAAUGAAAUGUUUAGUCACGUUCCUAUGAAACGUCAUGGAGCUCUUUAUAGUAGCACAUUAUCCUUGCCCCAAUCAGCCAUGAUAACCAGUUCCAUACAAGAAGCUGAAAGCUUAGAUGAAAUACCACAAGAGGAAGAAGCAGCAGAAAUGUCUGAUAGCUCCAAUUCAGUGGAAAGUCAAAGCUCUAAUACUUCUAAACAGUCUUUACAGAAAAACAUUUCCUUUCCUGCCACAGAAACAAAGCUAUUAAACCAUGGAGAAUGGACAAAUCGCAUUUUAUCGCAUGCUAAAGACUCUCUAAUGGCUAGAUCUGAAACAAAUCUCAUUGAAGCUUUAAAAUCAGAUUCGCCUUCAGCACCUACUAGACGGAGCAAGUUCGAAACAUUGCGGAAUAAUCUCAGAAGGCACACCUUACAACUCUCUGAAUCUCCAGAUUUAUCAGUUUUAGCUCUGGCAAACAGCAAAAAGAAAAACGCACUAGAGUCUUUGAAACAAGACUUACCAAAGAACAACCAAGCUUCUACUCCAGAAGGUAUUCCACCAGAAAUAAUUCAGCAAUAUGAGAAAAUGAAUCAUAAGGAAUUAGUGUAUUUAGCGAUCAAACAACAAGGGGAUUUAGAGAGACAAAGGGAUAAAAUAGCAGACUUGGAAAAUUAUUUAGACAAUUUAUUGGUUCGUGUGAUGGAAACAACACCUAGAAUUCUUCAAAAACCAAUUUUGAAUGCAUCGUGUCAUAGUGUAAAAUUUUUGUCCAAGAUGUACAUGAAAGGAUGUUAUUCGAGAACAAAUGUAACGAUCUGAUCUUUACAGGUAUUUUUUAUUUGUUUCUUGUAUAAUGUAUGUACAUAUAUAUUGUUUACAGUCAACAAAAUAUCUCAUGUUUACUUCAUUGAUUAUGAUUUAUUUAUUUACAUGAAUUGUUUAAGGUUGUUUCUUGCUUUGAAUUUAUUUAUAUAUUUUUCUUUAAAAAAACUGUUACGAUUGAGCGUUUUGAAUUGUUUACCUUAACUGAAACAAUGGAAUAUAUCACAUCAGUUGUUUUUAGAAGUCUUUUAAAGAUGGUGUGUUCCACAACAGAGUUUUUGCAGUUCGCUCCAAAUGUCUUCAACUUUUGAGAAGUUUAUCCGAUAACGGUUAUUAAUCGUUAGAUUGUUGAUUUUUCGAUUGAUUCAAUUCAUAAUUUUGCUUGUGACGUCAUUAAUCUUUAUUUAACCCUUUGAGCGUUAGUCCCGGCUUUUUCCGAACUUACAGCUGCAAGCUGGACUGCGUUUAAAAGCUAGUUUACCCCAUGUUCUUCCAUGGGAGAGAGGUGUGUAGCAGGGAAAUUUUCGUUCUAUUUUACCCAGGGGCUAGAGUCUAGACGGUUAAUUAUAAUUAUUUUAUCAAUGUUUUAAAUAUUGUUUUAUUCAAUUUUAAAUAUUCAAUUCAGUUUUAAAUAUUUCUUUCAGAAAAUUAAGCUACAAUAAAAAAGUUAGAAUCUUAAUAAAAAAUAAAGUACAAUUCGCGAUUUUUAAAAAUUUGCACAACACUCCAACAGAUAGUGCUUUGACCAUUUUACUUUAAAUGCAUCGAUCAAACUCUCAAUUUCAAAGUGUAUAUUUUAUUUGAAUUUUUAUUUUGAUUGUCGAAAAAUAUUGCCCAUACAUUGCUAGAAAAGAUUUUGUAUUAAAAUGGAAAGUUUAUUUUCAAAAUAAUUGAAUUCUACAUAAAAUCAUUGACAUAUGACAACAAAAAAAAAGAUGGAAAGAAUAUCUCCCCUCUUUUAAAAAUGAAAAUCAAUUAAACUUUUCAGUUUAUUUUCAAAUGACAUUGUGAGAACAGUUUGAAGUGGGCUCCAAAAGCUCUGUAUCAGGAAAUUGACCUAAUGUUUUUAUACAGUUAAGGCUAUGUGUUACCGUCAUGUUUACAUACUAGAAAAAAAAAUUCAUUUCAGCAUUUUGUGUUAUUGAAAUUAAUGUCGUUGCAAAUUAGUAAUAACUUGUCAAGAAUAUUUAGAAAUUUAUUAUAUUACAGGAAAAUAAUGAAACAGUGUAAUUACCAUUAAACCUAAUUAAGUUAAAAAAGCUGAUAAAGUUUGGAAUUCAAAAUAAAUUUUACGUUUCAUUGCAUUAUUAUUAUUAAUUCAGUUUUGAAAUAGAGUCCAUUUUUUUUAGUUGAUAUCUCUGAAUUAUGUAGAAUAGUUUUCUAGAUAAUGUUUUUUAACAGUUCAUUUUUAACUAUUUUAGUUUUUGCAAAUAGGAAAAUUAGUUUUAACACUAACAAAAACUAAAGUAGCUCUAAUCUGCUGUAAAUUUGUAUGUUCCAUACAACUUCAAUUAAAUUAACAUCAAUUAAUUUUUACAACAUAUUAAAUAAAUGUUUCGAAGAUAAUAUUCACAUAUUGUAUUAUAUUAUUAAUCUCUUACUUCCAUUUUAUUUGAAAUCAGAGAGGGUGAGAUUUUGUCAACUGAUUAUAAUUAUGAAUGAAAUGUUUUAAUACAUAUAACACUUUUUUGAUAUAAUAUAUUGUCUAUAAAUAAUAUAUAUAUAUGUAUUACUAAUAUAUAUAUAUUACUUUAUUAAUCAUGGCUUGCCAUAUACAUAAAUGAAAUAUAUUGUUGAAUAGAUUGCACUUAUUAAGAAAUACUUAAAAGCCGUGCUAGGUAUAUUUAUAAUGCAUGCAAAGGUAUAUUUAUAAUACAUACAAAUAAACAUAUUUUCGUUUUACAUUAUUGUAAAAUAGAGUUUAUGAGAGUUAAAGUAUUUUUUUAUAAAUAAAUUGAAAGGCGAAAAAUGUUAAAUUAAACUUUCAUAUUUUUCUCGAUUUGUUCCCAGCAUUUUCAGCGAUAGAACAGCAUCCGAGUAGUAUGCAAUAUCACAUAUAUAUGUAUAUGCGAUAUAUCCUUUUAUUUACUUGAUACUGAUAGAUAGGAGCUUACGUAUUUACAAUUUAUGCCUUAUACUGAAUUAUGUGAUAAAAUAUUCUUUCAAGUAAUUUUUGAUUCAUUAUAAUGUAUUUUCUGUUUACAAAACAAGAAA